AUGAGAGGUUCACGCGGCUGGGAGCAGAUUUCGCGACGAGUCGUCGGUUGCUGGUGGAGAACAACCGUUGGGGAUCAGCAAAUUGCACAUGACGGCAAUGUUACUUUAGAUCAAUUCUCCCGAAGCUUGCAUCGGCGUUUAUCUCUAGUAACCUCGUAUAUCAAAAUUUUGGUGGGGCCUGUUUCGAGAUCAUCCCAAGGAGGGAGAGAACGAACCGCACUCGAACAUCGGCCAGAUCCACGUGACAGCGCAGGUGAUUUGUCUGGGCGCGGGUUUCCCUCUCUCUUUCUCUCUCUUUCUCUCUCUUUCUGA